UGAAUUGAGGGUAACAGCAGUUACGCUCGUUCUAGUUCUGAUAUGGACAUGCUGGAACGCGUGAAAGCAUCAACUUCCCGUAUCUCAUCUGCAACCCGUUCGCCAUGUUUCCAACGUUGGUCUCCAGUUCUUUUAAUCUUGCUCACGACCGUAUUCAUUCUAUUUGGUGCCACAUGCUUCUAUCUCUUUGAACGGGAUCCACAUGAGAUGACCGUCCGAAAGUGGUACAUGAAUUUGGCAGUUGAGAGGAGACAAUUCGCCAGAACAAUCAGCUCUAGAAUUUUCAAUGAUACUCGCAAUCUUCUUAUCAUCAUCGACAGGGAGCAAACUGAACGAGUGCAGCAACUACUUGUGGAAUCUCUGAAACGAUACGAAGACAAAUUAACAAUUGUUCCUCCUUCUCGUCGUGAAUGGUCUUGGAUUAGCAGUUUUAAUUUUGCGUAUUCUCUUCUUUUGACGAUCGGUGGUGGAUUCAAAGUUCCAGCUACUGUUGGUUCCCAGAUAUUUGCUGUAUUCUAUUGUCUAAUUGGUAUUCCAUUGUUCUACAGUACUCUGAUACUCAUCGUCUGUCGAUUGGUAUCUCCAGUUUUAAAGUGGCCAUCACUAACUCGUUCGCGUCGUUUCCUGCUCAUUCUUGCGGCCUUUGGUCUCUUUAUUCUCUGGGCAAUCCUCAUUGGCCUUUGUCUCUAUUAUCAGGUGAUCAAUGACUUCUGGCUUAGCAUUUUACAUGCUUUCACUGGAUCUCUUACUGUCCAAAUUCCAAGCCCCGCACAAAUUACAACUUGCGGAAUCCUGUUCUUGAACUUUGCUGCUACCAUUUCGGUUUCUCUUCUUAUCCUCAUUCUACUUGUCUCGUUUUCCGUUUUCUUCCCAAAAGAAAUGCUAAUUCAAGAAGUUGACAAUGGAGUCGAGGAGAAGCUGGAGCGCCUCACACCACCACCAAAGUUCCAGGUCAUCGUAGAUGAAGCUGGAGAAAGCAAGCUUACCUCUGCCUAAUAUCUUAACUUUUGAUAAUUUAUUUCGUGCUUAUUGCUUCUAGAUUUUCAAUUUCAAAACACUUGUUUCUUUAAUGCUUAUGCAACGAUUCUGCCACUUUAACUUUAUUGCAGUGAGAGGUUGGAUAAAACAAUGUUAAAACUAACAAAUACCUGGAGAGGGGAAUCCGAAUUAACUUAAACGGAACGAUAGGAAAACCCCAACACCAGGGAGAUGAUGAGAUUCUUUUUUUGAUGAGGGAAUUAUCCAAUAUUAAGAAAAAUCAAGAUGGGAUCAGCUUAGAGACAAAAUAGAAUUGUCGAAACAUCGGACAAGUACAUUUUUAAUGGAUUUGGUCAACAUGUACAGAUUGAUGAUAAAGAUGUUGAUUUUGAAACGGGGAAUUUGAGGAAGGAUGAAGUGGCAUUUGUUGUUGGGAAGCAACCUAUUCGGCGGCGACAGCUGGGGCAUCUCCAGAGGCUGCGACGUCAACCUGCAAGGGAAAUCGAAUUAUUGACAAUGACAUUGAAUAUUAGUCCCUAACGGAAGAUGAAGCGAUUCAUAAAGAAUUCAUCAGAACUGCUCGUGUACAUCGCACACAUUACGCCCCGAUAUAUCCCAUAAUUAGUGCUAAGUCGCAUACGCCUAUCCUAUAUCUUUUUAGAAUGCCUAAUUAGAUUCCUGCCCUUCGUUCUCACCUCAUCCUCAACCUUGCUUUUCUUGGUCAAUGGAGCAUCCUCCUCUGCGUCGGCGACUGGAGCCUCUUCGUGGGCGCUGGACACACGCUUACGAUCCUGCAAAAAUAAAAAUUGGUCAACAAAAAUAAUAUAUAACUAUCUUACGUUGCCGUUGGUGUCCUUUGCUUCUCCGUUCUCGACUGCCUUAUCCUUAUCGGCCUCUUCAGCCUCAGUCUCAUUCUUCUCCUCGGUGGCCUCAGCUUGAGUCUCCUCUGUCUUUUCACCGUUCCUACAAAAAUAGUAUAAAUUGUAGAGAAACGGAUUAGUGCAAUCUGUUGCCUGCUCACUACCCUACGCCGUAUUUGUUUUCACCAUUGCCGCCUGUCUUCUUUAUGGCACCAUGCCUUCUGCACACUGCACCA